GGCCACACCAAGAAGAUGAAUUUCUUCAAAGUAGGGAAGUACUUUACUUUGGUGGAUAUGCCAGGAUACGGCUACCGUGCCCCGCAAGACUUUGUGGAGAUGGUGGAGGCCUACCUGCAGGAACGGUGCAACUUGAAGAGGACUUUUCUGUUAGUUGAUGGUUUAGUAGGACUCCAGAAAGCGGAUCAUAUUGCAGUAGAGAUGCUGGAAGAGUUUGGGAUUCCUUAUGUGAUGGUGUUAACAAAAAUUGACCGAGCUUCCAAGGCCUUGUUGUUAAAGAAUGUACUGGAGAUCCAGAAUUUUGUAAAGGAGAAAACUCAGGGAUGCUUUCCUCAGCUAUUCCUGGUCAGUUCUGUGAAGUUUACGGGCGUUCACUUGCUGAGGUGUUUUGUCGUCCACGUUACUGGAAACCUGCCUGCUGUAGAGGCCAGCUGA